GAGAAGUACAGACCUGAGUAUAAUGGAGACCUCUAGCCUCUAAUCAUGGGCACUGAAGGGGAUUGCAGACUUGAAGGGGUUGACCAACUACCUGCAAGUCAUGGGCAUUCAAUGUUCUGUAAGAGACAGCCAGUUCACCCAAAGAUGCAGGCAGGGGGAGAAGGAUGGCCGUGUUCGCCAAACCAUAAUGGAAGAUGAUAAUGAAACCACACUGUCGAAACAAAUGGAGUGGGAGAAAAUGCCUCCUCCCCGCAAACCAAAGCCACCUGGCGACAUUGAACUGGCCUCCACGAAAAUCCAGGCCUGGUGGCGGGGCACGCUGGUGCGACGCACACUACUGCACGCGGCCCUCAGAGCUCUGAUCAUUCAGUGCUGGUGGAGGCAGGUGCUGGCAAGGCUGCAGGCGAAGAGGCGGCGGGCGGCGCUGGAGCUCUGCGCAGGGCAGCUAUGGGCAGCAGUCAGGCUGCAGUCCUGGGUCCGCAUGUGGCGUGUCCGCCGUCGUUACUGUCGUUUGCUCAAUGCUGUCCGCAUCAUCCAGGUCUACUGGCGCUGGAGAAGUUGCCAUACCCGUGGCUUUUUCCAUGGCAGCUAUGAGCUCACAACAAGCCAGCUGAGCCUUGAGCUUGACAUCUUCCUGGGAUCACAGAUUUGCCGAAUUACAGACUGCAUCCCCUUCCCAAUAAAGAACUGACCAGGUCUGCUCCAA